AUGAAGCAACCUGAAAUAAGGUAUCAUCUGGAGCACAACUAUGCUAUUUAUGUCUUCAAAUAUUAUGAGGAUCUCACUUCACUGCGGCAGUUAAUUAUGGAAAAUAUUUUGCAAAAAAGAUUUCGAUCCUCCAACUUAACUUUUACUUUUGAAAGUAUAAUCCGUGGUAUCCGCAUGCAGUAUAUUCUGGCUGUUAUGAUUCUUACUAACAAUAAAAAGGAUGGUGAAGAAGAAUUGCUAAAAAAUAUGCAGGAUGAUGUGAAGUGGUUAAAAGAGUCGGUUAUGCCGGAAUUCUUAACGGAUCUAACCGAUGACCAGUUUGAUAUGAUGAUCAAAGUUUGCGAGACAUACAUCUAUUUGUGGACGCAGCAGCUUAAAACAUAUAACACACCAUUUGCGUUCAGGGCUGAAUUGUGUGAUAUUCAGUGGAUUGAUAAUAUGAAAAGCAGUCGCGGUGCUAUUAAACUUCUCACAGCUAUGAUAGAAUUGUUCAAAAAUUUGAUCGUUUCUGCUAAUGCAGCAGAAGGAUGGCUUUCUAUUUGCAACACUUUAAACAGCUGCAAUUUGCUAACGUCGAAUUCAAUUGCUGAGCAAGCAAAAAUUAUUGCUGAUUUAGUUUUAAAAGAAUUUUUGGAGACUAACAAAGAGGUAGGGAUUAUUCAAAGCCCACUUAAUCCACGCUUGGAACUUAAUAAGGUCAUUGAUUUCUGGAUUAACAAAAUUUUACUGAAGGACCGAUUGUUACGAUGUUCUGUACUUGCUUAUCUCAAGGAUAAAAUCGAAAGUUUAUUUGCAAAUAUUGUGCAAGAGGAUGAAAUCCAGUGUUAUGGAAUGGUGAUUCAAUUUCUACUGCUUCUUCGAAAUUCAGCAAGGAAAAUUCGAAGUACGUCGAUUAACAGCAGUAUGCGGAAAGAUACAAAUUUAUAUGAAACAUGUGUGGAAGUGUUGGGUGAGCAGUUAAGAGGAUUAAGAUAUAAAUAUGAGAAAAAUGAAAUGUUUUUGCAUAUGGAUGCUCUUUUUAAAGAACUGUAA